GCUGAGGACUCUGUGAGAAGAAGUGAGAACAGAGGUCGAGCAACAGGGGUCGUGGAAAAAAGGAACUAAAAUUAAAAAAAGAACUAAAAGAGAAAGUCAACAGCUUCUGUCGAUGAUCUUCCACCAUCUCUAAGAAAGUGAACCAGAGAGAGAGAGAGAGAAUAAAACGUCGCCGCCAUAAUGAAGCCGUGGAGCCGCCUCUGCUUCCUCGUUCUAGCAGUCUCUUCGAUUUCCAGAGCACAACUUUCAACUACAGAGUCAACGCAUGACGAGGAGGCUGCAGGUACCCCAGGCUCCUCGACUCCUCCCCCACCGUCCAAGUCUUUCUAUGACAUUGAAAACAACUCCACCCACUCAACGCUGCCCCCCCCAUCUUCCCCGAGUCAUGUGACUGAAAAUGCAACAGAUCCGCUUUCAACAGUGCAUACGACGGACGUGGAGACAAAGGACGGCGGUGGCAGCUCAUCGGCUCCUACCACUGUCUCGGCCACUGAGACGGAAGAGGCCACCACUGUUCCCAUGACAACAGCGAGCAGCUCACCAGAGCCAGUGAUAGCUGGAGCCACAGGGGGUUCAACACUGGGUUAUGUGAUGAUGGUGUUGAUCUUUGUCGUGAUCAUUGCUCUGUGUAUCAUCCUCUACUUUCUCAGGAGAGCGUCCAGGACCUACUCGUUUGACCUCCAGUUCCCAAAUCCCAUCAUUAAUCAGUUCAGCGAACCUAUCGGCACCUUCGAACCAGUCUACCUCGAUGACCUAGCCCCAAAUGAUCGAGUGGCCACCAGUGAAGCUCCAGUAGCCAACGGCACGAGUCUGUCGGAGGAGAAAGGCUCCAAUGGAGAGAACGCUCCACAGGAACAACCCCGGGCAAACGGUCUGGAGACGUCCUCACUGAGCUGUGACACCAGCCCCCCCCCGGUUGAAGACCCUCCAGCCGUCAAGACCUCGGAGCCCCUGGCCAGCGCAAUCCUGUUCUUCGAGGAUACUGGAGAGACGCAGCAGAACGAAAACAACAACAAUCCCUCGGUUUGUUCCAGUGACCCAUUCGUUGAAAUAAACCUGGACGACCCGUCGUACUGGUGCGAUCAGCUCCUCACCUCUCCUGGAGCCACCUCCUCUGUCCUCCCCUUCUCUCCUUUCUCCUUCUCCUCCUCUUCCUCUUCCUCUUCCUCUUCCUCCUCCUCCUCUUAGCACCUCCAGAAACCACCUCGACACCAACAUGGAGACUUUCAAACACCAGGACAUCAGCAACUUUCAUCUCUUUAUCUCCAGUCCGCUACCAGCUAGUAGGGGAACUAUUCCACUCUAUUGCCUGCAAACUCUUAAAAAAAUGAUUGUAAAUUUGCUGACAUCAUGCUUUACCUAAGUAAUGCAUUCAUCCAAACUGACAUAGGAAUAUAUAAGUGGUAUCGUUUCACAGAAAGAUGAGAAAAUGACAAGUCAUAGUUACAACAAAGUGUUUUCUUCUUUUCUAAUUGUGUGUGUGACGAAUCCUCAUCUGGACUUUUCAUUUUUAACUUUUAACAACACUGCACAGACUCUCCAGAUGUUCAAAGUCCUGAUGAAAACUUCUUUUUUAAUCCGUCUUUUAUUCGUUCUGCCUGUUUCCCUCCUUCCAGAACAUUCAGAAAGUAUUCACAGCCAAUAAAUACUCACAAAAAUAAA